AUGGAAAUUCAGAGUUUCUCAGUGACAGCGGAAAACUUGUUCUCUCUUCUUGGGGAAAACACCAUAGAGNGGGUCCUCUACAGACUACAGGAAACAUUUGUUUUUCUGAAAUUUUCACAGAGAACAGCUUUUCCACCCACCAAGUUUCUCCAAGUUGCACGUCCMCCUUGGUUUUCUCCAGGCACUCAGCAAGACUGCUCGGAGUUUCUCAAAUACCUCCUGGAUAAGCUAGAAGAAGAAGACCGRGCAUUGUCAAACCUUGAYGAGUUAAAAGAAAAGCUGCCACGAUACCAUCAUGAAAAUAAUGUCAUUUCGGACACGUUUGAAGGAAAGUUAGUAGUGUGCCAUCGUUGUCGUCGUUGCAACUACGUUUCRUGUCAAGAAGAAGUGUUCACGGAUUUACCCCUUGCUUUCCCACAAAGCUGUGCGGGCGUUGAACGGGAAGCCACAGGGAAACCAUCAACGACACAAGCUAUUGAGAACUCUGAUAACCCGCCAGCUACUGAAAGGAGCUUAAAGGGUGGAGACGUUGGCCAACGCCCUACUGUUUCAAGUAUCGCGUCUUCGCCUCAGGGAGAGARCGUGACAARUACCGAGCCAGAGGCGAGUUCGUCAGCUAGUAAUUACCCAGUAUCUACAGGAAAUAGUACUUUGCAAGGAAAGCUAUCGAACAUUGGCAUUGGCGCCGACGACCCGAGUAUUUCUUUAGAAGAAAUGCUGGGUUAUUUCUUUGAACCAGAAAUUCUUGAAGGGUCCAACCAGUACUUCUGCGAACAGUGCCAGAGCUUGCAAGACGCAGAGCGCAGUGUUGUGAUAUCAAAAGCUCCUAACUUUCUUGUCCUUACACUGAAGCGAUUUUCAUACAACGUUCAAACACAACGAAGGUCUAAGAUAUUACAAAACGUUACUUACCCYUUGAGACUUAAACUUUCAAAUGUUCGAAUAAAGGAACAACCGAAAAAACGCGAAGUAAGAUUUGAGAGUAAUGAAGGGUCAUCUUUGUCUGAAGAGCGUCAAACGACCACUGAGGAACGAGAAAGAAUCGACGCACCACCAUCMAAGUGUACGAAACAGGAUACGGAAAGUACUUCCCAAGGUGCUCACUACAGCCCUACAAGCUCUUCUCCGAUCAGAAAAAAUCCGAGUUCUUAUGUCAUUGAUAGAUUUCCGWCAGAAAUUAUGUAUGCGUUGACCUCGGUUGURGUUCAUUCUGGGGUGUCAUCCGAGAGCGGUCACUAUUAYUGCUACGCAAGACCAUCGCGUCUUGUCGACCAGGAUGAAGCAACARCAGGCGGAAACACUAAGACACAGGCAAACAGGGAUCAAUCAUGGUGUCUGUUCAAUGAYAGUCGAGUGUCGUACGCUAGCUAUGAAUCAUUUACGGACAUUGCAAAAAGAUUCCCAAAGGACACGCCUUAUGUUUUGAUCUAUAAGAAUCUUAGUUCUACGAAUGACGUGGUUCGUAGUGGAGAUCCUGAUGAAGAGAUAACUCAAACCUUCAUGGAUGCUGUGAAUUACGAUAACAUUCAGUAUCUUAAGGAAAUCGAGCAAGAGUCGCGCAUGGCAAAUAGACCUAAACUGGCUCCUUUGCAUCASGGACCACGUGACGACGAAGAUGACAGUGGGCCUUCUGGGAGCUGUGGAUCCGGGCCUGGAUUUUCCACGCCCUCUAAUCGAUUUAUUUUUUGAAGUGAAUUUUUUGAAGUGAAGGGACACUCUUAUUUARAAAUCAGUUCUCUUCUAAAUAUUUGCACAGUGCUUGGCAGUAAUUAGUAAGAAKAAAUGUGUUGUUACACUGCAGUAAUUUCAGCAACUUGUCUUAAAACGUCGUUGUGUGAUAAGCUGGUGGAAGAAUUGCACAGUGCAACAAGAGUCGUUUCGCACCUUUUYUUGUUGCGUGUUUGCACGAAGCAAAACUCAGGGCUACUUGCAACGGCAUUGAUCACUUCUACAGUAACGUUUCUCUCACAUUUUGAGUCACGUACGUUGAUUGAGCAUGCGUAGUUCUCGUUUCGAAUGUCCGCCAUCUUCUUGCUAUCAGCUUACGAGAAAGUCGUACGACCUCCACAUAUGGUUGAGCAUGUGCACGAUGAAAACAUAGAAGGUUCUCAUGUCGGUAUUGUAUGAAAAAAGAAAUURAAUUAAGGCUUAAAAUUACAUGAAAAAUAUUUUUUUUAAGGACGAGAAUAAAGAUUGUACCCAGCGCUAUACACAUGCAUUGCCUGAUCCCAUAUUUCCCCCUAAGAGUAACCAUUGAGCCACGAGUUCAAUUCCUUURAUUUAACCUGAAUUUUUGUGAUAUUUUUGCAACGGUAUUCAUGAAUAACCUGUAGGUGCAUAAGAUAUAUAGAAUAUCUAAUUAAUAAUGAACAUCCUAGUACAUCGGUGCCAUGUAUAUGGACAUUCAUAUAUGGAAGUCGUACGUCAGAUUCCCCAGAUUACCUCGGCCAAAAAUAUUGCAAAAAAUUUCACAGUGUAACGGUAUAACGCUAUAAUUUCCWGCGCAACUUGUAUCGCAACGACGUUGUAAGACAGUGUAAUUAUACCUUUAAGUGGGAGUAAUAUUCCGUUAGGUUGUAACAGAAAUAUAUAUUUCCAGGAGAGAAAUGCGAUAGUUAAAAGUUCAUUAAACAUAGAGCAGAUA